UUAAUGGUAAAGACUCAUUAAGCCAUUUUCUCUUAUUUUUCAUGUUGACUUAAUGUGGUAUCAAGAGCCCUCUAAAUUAGAGAAUUCUUUUUACGUUUUUUUUCUUUUCCCAGUUCUUCCCAAACACAAUCCCUAUUUUCUGUUCUUAAUUCGUUUUCCUAGUUCGCGUUCUUGAUUUUUGAUUUUUUUAACUCAGUACAAUUCUUCCUUCUUUGUAAGUAUAAAAUUUAAUUCCUCUGUUUCAAAAAAUUUUCCAUUUUUCCAAGAAAUAAAUAAAAAAUGGAGUAUUUACCAGUAGGGAAGAGAACAAGGAGUCAAAGAGCAAAAUUGUUAAUGGAGCAAAACAAAAGGGCUCGUUUGGCUGCUAAAAGGGAGUGGAAGAAGAAAAAAGAUGGAAUUUUUGAGGGUAAAAUUGGAAUUAAUGAUGAAAAAUUGAUGGAGGGUAGUGAAGCUAUGGUGAUUGAUGAAGAAGAAUUUUUAAAAGGGGUUCAUAAAUUUAAUGAAUCAGAGAAGAAUUCACAAAUUCAUGACUUGGGUUGUGUUAAAAAAGAAGUUUUUGAUGAUGAUCAUGGAAAAGGGGUUAUGAUGAUGGAUGAUGUGAAUGAUGGUGAAAGUGAUGAUUCUUUGAAAAUUUUGGGAGAAAGAUGGAAUCCUCUUGGGUUGGAUUGUGAUAAUGAUGAUGAUGAUGAUGUUGAGGAUGUGCAUGAUGAUGGAUGUCAUCCUUUGGAUGUGAAAAUUAGCCAUGAUGAUGAUGAAAUGAAGGGAGAUGAAGUUAGGGAAGGUGGGAAUUGUGAGGAAAAAGAUGAUGAUUUUGAGGGUUUAUCAAGUGAAGAAGAUGAUGUUGAAAUGGACAAGGAUUUUGUUGGGAAGGAAGAUGAAUCUUCUAGUUCUUCUGAUGAGUAUUCAAGCUCAGAGUGUUCUGUUAUAGAAGUUGAUGAAAAUGAUGAUGUUCUUCUUCAUUAUUAUGAUGAUGAUGAUGAUGGGAUUGAUGAAUUGAGUGAUAAUGAUGAUGAUGACAAAAGAAAAGAUAGAAAUUGUGAUAGUGAGUUAAAAAAGAGUGUUUCAAUUGAAAAGGAGGAAGAGGAAGUUGGGAAGAUUAAGGGUCAAGUGAGUGGUGAAAUGAGGAAGCGAGGGAGGCCCCGGAAGUACAACAACACGGCCGAAGCCGAGGCCAAGGUUGAAUCUCUACCAAUGAACAAGAGUGGUAAGAACACGGCUGAGGUUGAAUAUCAACCAAUGAACAAGAAUGUUAAGAAUAGGGUCGAGUUGGAGUCUCCAUCUAUUAAGAAUAGAGUUAAGAAGUCUACUAAAGAUAAUGAGCUUCAGAUUAGUAUCUUGAAUUCGAUUUUAGAGGGGAGAGAUAAAGGAAUAGAUGAGAAUUUGGCUGAUACAAGUGAUUAUUAUCUUCCAUUGAAGUUCAAAUUUGGUGUUGAGAAGUUGGUUGUGCAUGAAAAAUCAGAAGAUGAGUUAGAAAUUGAAAGUUUGUUCAAUGAUCUUGAUUAUUCUCUUCGAGCUUGCAAUAUUGGUGCUGAUAAAUCUACAGUGUACAACAAUAAUGUUGACAGUGAAGAUGUUCCUUCCAAUGAUGCCAUUUCGCAAGAGGAGCUUUGUGCUAAAGGGAAGCAUUAUCUCAUCCACGACGAUGAAAUUGGAGUGAUUUGCAAAUUCUGCUCGUAUGUACACUUGGAGAUAAAACAUGUUAUGCCAGAUUUUAACAAGGAUCCAUUUGGAAGGGGGAACAGAAGAGACUAUGGACGGUUCAUGUAUGAUAAUAGCAUGGCCUGUGAUGGGUUUCAGUUUCAGGACUCUAGCUAUGAUCGUCAAGGUGAUCAUUUUAGCCCCUCUGAUGAUAUUCAAGGCACAGUGUGGGACCUCGUCCCUGGGGUUAAGAGGAGUUUGUACCCUCACCAGCGCGAUGGGUUUGAGUUCAUCUGGAAGAACAUUGCUGGAGGGAUAAAGAUUGAUGAACUUGUCGAGCCUACUGCUGCAUCUGGUUUGGGUGGGUGUAUCAUAUGCCAUGCUCCUGGGACUGGAAAGACCCGUCUAGCUGUUGUUUUCGUUCAAUCUUUCAUGAAGCAAUACCAAAUGGCAAACCCUCUUAUCAUUGCGCCUUGUGUCAUGCUCCGAGCUUGGGAAGAAGAGUUUGCAAGAUGGAAAGUUGAUAUCCCCUUUUUCAAUUUAAAUGAGAACGAGUUGUCUGGGAAAGAGGACCCUGAAAUCCUCACAUACGCCAGGGAUAUCAAAAAUGACAAGACAAUUCGAUUUAUUAAGCUGUCAACUUGGGCCUUAGGGAAGGGCGUUCUGGGUGUUAGCUACACGCUCUUUGGAAAACUUGCUGGUGAGGAGGGCACUAAUAAGGAGGUUAGGGAAAUUCUUCUUACAAAACCUGGUAUUCUAGUGCUGGAUGAAGGGCAUAUUCCUAGGAAUGAGAAAAGUAACAUAUGGAAUGUACUGUCUCAGAUAUCCACAAAGAGACGGGUGAUCUUAUCUGGAACCCCGUUUCAGAACAACUUUGAGGAACUUCAUAACACAAUUGCCUUGGUCAGAGAAGAGAUUGGAUCUCCGAUUCUGUCAGCAUAUUAUGAACAAGAUGAUAGAAGAAUCGAAGAGUUGAAGAAAAGGAUCACACCUUUUGUGCAUGUCCACAAGGGGGAGAUAUUAAGAGAGAGACUUAAGGGGCUAUUCCAUUCACUGGUCAUGCUAAAACCCUCUAAUCUUCAGAAGAGGUGUUUUCAACACUUGUCUGGGAGGAGAUUAAACAGAUUUUUAUAUGAUAAUUUGGUCUCAAUAACUUCCGUUCACCCUUCAAUCUUUUGUGAUGAGAAUGUCAAGACACCUAAUUUUGUCAAUGAUGCACUCAUGGAUCUUUUAAAGAAGCACAUAACAGACCUAGAUGCUGGGGUAAAAACCCGGUUCCUUGUUGAGCUCAUCAAGCUGAGCAAGGGAGAGAAAGUGCUUGUGUUUGGCCAGUAUAUACCUCCCUUGAACUUCAUAGCAGAUUUGCUAAAAGCUGCUUUUGGUUGGAACAUGGGGAGUGAAUUGCUUUAUAUGCAUGGGAAGCAAGACAUGAAGGAGAGACAAUCUAUGAUACGGCUUUUUAAUGAUCCUGGAAGUGAAGCUCGGGUUCUUCUGGCUUCAAUAAAGGCAUGUGGUGAAGGGAUACAUCUUGUGGGUGCCUCGAGGGUAGUUUUACUUGAUGUUGUCUGGAAUCCCUCAGUGGAAAGGCAAGCAAUAAGCAGAGCUUAUAGGCUUGGCCAAGAAAGAGAUGUAUUUGUUUAUCACUUGAUCACCUCAGAGACUCGGGAAGAAGAUAAGUAUCAGCGGCAGGCAACAAAGGAGCGUUUAUCAGAGCUAAUGUUUUCUUCAGAGGAAAGCGUGGAGAAAGUGAAUACAAGUUCGAGGAUUUCAGAAGACCGUGUGCUGGAAGAAAUGAUUCUUCAUGAAAAGACGAAGCCCAUGUUUGCCAAAGUAAUAUACCAUCCAAAAGCUGAUAAUCUGAUUGAAAGCUUUAGUAUGGAUUCCUGACCUUGUAGCAUGGUUCAGAUGGUAGUUAGUCACUUAGAUAUCAGUUAGAUAAUAUAGGAUUCUAACUUUCCUGACUUCCAGGUACUUUGGUGUUUGAUUGUAUUUUGUGUUUUUGUCCAAUGCCUGGGUUUCCAGAACUGAGCCUGAACAACUGUAAGUGUGCAAUUUUUUGGCUUCAAAUUAUGUAAUCAGGACUUUCUAACAGCACUUCUCUGCAAAUCCACAAAAUUGAAACUGUUAUUA